AUGCCGAGUCAGCGCGAUGAGCUUCAGAGGGACCUGGAGGGGAUGUGUUUGCAGCAGGUGGGGAGUGCCGGAGCCGAGGACGCCAUGGCUCGCAUGCAGGCCAGAAGGGUGGCCAACUUGGAAGCGGAGCUUGCCACGUGUCGCCACACGAUUGCGUCACUGGAGAUGGAGAUUGCAGACGUUCGGCAUGACCUGCAGGACGCGGAGCAGAAGAAGGGCUGCACAUGGCUGGGAAGGGCAGGGCAUGGCAGGGCAUUGGAGUACAUGGCAUCGUAUGGGACGGCAUGGCAUGAGGUGGCAUGGUAUGGGACGGCAUGGCAUGAGGUAGCAUGGUAUGGGACGGCAUGGCAUGAGGUGGCAUGGUAUGGGACGGCAUGGCAUGAGGUGGCAUGGUAUGGGACGGCAUGGCAUGAGGGCACAACCCCCGCGCUAGGGCACAACCCCCGCGCUAGGGCACCACCUCUUGACCCUCUAUGCCAUCCGUUUCUUCCCACCGUUGGCCUCAACCCAGCGUUUUCCCCCCUCUCUCUUCGUUCCGACAUGCUCCCUUUCCUGUUCCAGCGCACGGCAGCAGAGGAGGAGGUGCGGUUUUACCAGCGGCAGGCGGCAGCAGCACUGGAGCAGCGAGACCAAGUGACCCUCGAGCUGGAGCAGCUGAGAACGGCCAAGGCGGACGCAGAGGCGCGAGCUAAGGCGGAAAUAGAGCAGCUGCGGCGGGAAAAGGCGAGUGCUGCGGAGAAAAGCCGAGCUGAGAUUGAAAAGCUGAUGAAGGAGAAGUGGGACGUGCUAGAGAGGGUGAAGGAGGCGGGUAGGCAUGCUGCGACGCUGGCGAAGCAGCAGGAGCUGGCGGAUGAAAAGAUUGAGGAGGCGGAGAGGGGGAGGCGGGAGGCGGAUAGGGGGCGGGAGGAGGCGGAGAGGGAUCGGGAGGAGGAGAGGAGGGAGCGGGAGAGGGUGGAGAGGGAGAGGGAGGAGGAGCGGAGGGAGAGGGAGAGGGUGGAGAGGGAGAGGGAGGAGGAGAGGAGGGAGAGGGAGAGGGUGGAGAGGGAGGGGAAGGAGGAGGAAGGGAGGUUGAGGGAGGCGAUCAGGAGGGAGAGAGAGGAGGGAGCGAGGUUGAAAGAGGAGGUGGGGAGACUGAUGGAGGAAGUGGAGAGGAGGAGGAACGGUGCGAGGGAGUGGGAGGCGAUGGGGAGGGAAUCAGAGGGGCAGGUGACUCGUGCAAAGGCGGAAGCGGCAUCGAUAGCUGCGGCAGCUGCUGCUGCAGUGGAGGCAGAGCGAGAGAAAGGGACCAACGAGCUUAGCAAGGAGUUUCUUUCUGGCAAAGACCCGUAUGGGGCGUCUAGGGAUCUGUACGGGAUGGCUAGGGAUCCGUAUGCGGAGGAGCCGACGGAGGAGAUGCUGUCCCAGGCGAUGAGGGAGAAGGUGCAGGCGCUGGUGAUGCUGGCCGCGGAGGAGGAGCGGCAUUUGAGGGACUCACAGCUGGUGGGGAGUCUGAGGGAGACGAUCGCUGGGCUCAAUGCUACCCUGGGUCAGGUGACCGCCGAGAAGGUGAAGGCGUUGAUGCAGCUGGCGGACACGGCAGCCGAGGUGCAGCAGCUGAGGGACGAGAUGGCAGCGCUGCAGCAGGAAGUGCGGAAGCGAGACGAGAUCAUCGCCAGAGAGUGA